UCCUGAAAGGUUGAAUUAGAUCAAAAAGCCAAAGGUUUCUAAAGGCUGAAUAUUUAUUUAUUUCAGAUAUUCAGUGCAAUCUAGCUAUGAGUGGAGAUGUCAUCUAAUGAACAGGACUGAAAGUUGCCAUUUUUGUUUCGGGUAUGAAAAUCAUAAACGAAUUUGCUGAUGUGUUCACUGCACUGCUGGUGGCAUGGUCUGCAGCUGUAGUCUGGUUUACAAUGUGGACAUUGCUUGGUUGUAUGUUUCCAGACGACGCCGAGCACUAUAUCUGGGCCAUGCUAUUUGUUGGAUUCGGAGGCUCCUAUCUCUGCAUGUACAUCGAAACUAUGUCGUGUUUUAUCAAUACAAGCCAGAACACUUGCUCGCACGUCUCAGCUAAAUUGAUCCACGACUUCUUUGUAACUUGGUUUCAGGUGUUUCUGUGGAAAAGUUGGUGGGACAUGUUGGAUUUUUACACUCAUUCAACCUUUGCGCAAGUAUGCGAGCUGAUUGUAUCCUGCUUCAUCCUCAUUUCUUGUCGCUCGCUGACAGUGACUGCUCAACUAACUAUUACGAAGGAGGAAAUUUGCAAGACCCCGACCGUCAGUGACACUAUAUCCACAGGAAUCACAAACUCAGCAAACAUCACUUCGACGCUAGUUUUGGUGCACAUUCUGUCAAUCACUGUGUGGACUCAAGUGUGGAAUCUCACUGAUAAAUUUCUUCUCCCUGGAGAUGAACACUACUACACUUCCACUUCGAUCUCAUUGGUGUUUGGUCUGUUACUGAUGGGGGCGUUGUUUGUAUUCGACCAAGUGAAGUCUUGUCUACUACUUUGCUGCAAGAAUUCUUAUCCAGAUGAAGACGGCAAGGAGGGAGGAGCUAAUCGGCGGAUGCUGUUCCUGGUCUACUACCUGAUGGCCUCUUUCGCUCUCCUCUCCUCAAUCCAAUGUUGGCGAGGUGUCUGGGGAUUUGGAGAUUACUUCAUGGAACUGCUUCAGAAAGAACAUAUGCUCAACAACAAGGUGCUGGAAAUAGGGGUGUUGUGUGCUAUCGCGAUAUUCCUCUUUCUUUCCGUGUUCAGUCUGGGUUACAGUCAGAACAUAGCAAGUUACACACUGGAUUUUGACAAGGGUGAUUUUGACCUGAACAGCCAUUUCCUCCUCUGGAAGGAUCCGGCCAAGGAAACUUCAACUGGAACGCUGCAUAGAUUCAUGAUCGAAUCAGAUCCAGAAGAAUCUAUGCGAGAAGAUACUGUGCACAUUCCUGUCAAUCAAAGCAAGGGAGAUUCCAGUUACGUCAAAAUCCGGCAAAGUCAGAACAAGUCAUCAACAAAUCAGGCAAAGAGUUUAUUGGCUAGGGCUUUCGCGCCUCUAGGAGAGACAGAAAAGUCGAAUAACAAGGGAACCGGGUCAGUUCGUAUUCCAUUGGUAGAACCAGCAGCCAAUGAGCCUCUUCUUAAUCAGAGAGACGACGAGGAAGAAACCUCUAGCUUGGAGCAACAUAAAAUAACGGACUAGUUCGAACUUAGUCCUACGUUUUACGAGCGCAGUUCUCUCUUAAUUGUUAAGUUAUUUCAAUGAAUUCUAUUUUAUCUUCUGGUGUUAAUCAUAAAUCAAUACUUAGUGCACAUAAAAUGACGGUCAUGUUUUGCAACCUCUAGAAACAAAAAAGAUACCUUAGAUUGGGACAACAUAUUGCACUGCUUAGCUUCUCGACCAAGGAGAAAUAUGACACUUAUAAUAAAAUUCCUGAAAAUUAUACUCUAAUAAUUCUUCAUAGACGUUGCAAAUUAUCGGCCAGAUCUUCAUGAAUUUUGAAGUUUUUUACUCUACGUUUAAUCAUGUUUGAUGACAGGUGUAGCAGUGUGUUAUCGGGGUAGUUGUCGCGCAAUCAAAUUGUCCGUUAGACGGGAACUCAAACUGUAUAAACUUUCUUCUGGCUAAAUGAAACGUAUCAUUCUGUUUUAAUGUCUAUAAUAAUGAAUUAGUUUUGGUGUAAUUAGUUUUAAUGUAAAAUUGUAUUGUAUCAUAAAUAUUGAAUGAAUUUGAAUUGUUUUCAUCUG